AUGGCGACUAAGGUUGCAUCGUCUCCAAGCCUUCCCAAAUCAGGAGCCAUCUCCAAAGGCUACAAUUUCGCUUCCACUUGGGAACAGAGCGCUCCUUUGACAGAGGAGCAACAAGCAGCUAUAGUUUCUUUAUCUCACGCAGUAGCUGAGCGGCCGUUUCCUGCUAAUCUCGUGAAUGAGUAUGUUCACCGGCCUGAGAAUGGCUUGUCUGUCUCAGCAGAGGAGACAAACUUGGGAGAUUCUGGAGCUGUUGAAGCUGUUUUGGUUAAUACGAAUCAGUUUUACAAAUGGUUUACUGAUCUUGAAUCAGCGAUGAAGUCUGAGACAGAAGAAAAGUAUUUGGAUUAUGUCAAUACUUUAACUGAGCGCAUUCAGACGUGUGAUAAUAUACUCCACCAGGCAGGCUUUCUUUCUAUAUUUGACCUUAGUAUUUCUCCUGCGCAGGUUGAUGAAACGCUUGACCUAUUUAACGAACUGCAGCUGCAACAUCAAACAGUAACAACAAAGACUAAAACUCUUCAUGAUGCAUGCGACCGACUGUUAAUGGAGAAGCAGAAAUUGAUGGAGUUUGCAGAAGCGCUAAGGAGUAAGCUCAGCUAUUUCGAUGAACUGGAGAAUAUUUCCUCCAAUUUUUACUCUCCAAAUAUGAAUGUAUCAAACUCUAACUUUCUCCCACUGCUGAAACGGCUCGAUGAGUGCAUCUCGUACAUCGAAAGCAAUCCCCAAUAUGCGGAGUCGAGUGUUUAUUUGCUCAAAUUUCGUCAGCUGCAGUCACGCGCCUUGGGCAUGAUUCGAACUUACAUCCUUGCAGUUCUCAAAACUGCCUCCUCCCAGGUUCAGGCAGCAUUUCGCGGAACAGAUGGAAACAAAGCAUCUGUCUCGGAGGGUGUCGAGGCAUCUGUUAUAUAUGUUCGCUUCAAGGCUGCUGCAAGUGAGCUUAAACCUGUAUUGGAGGAAAUCGAGAGUAGGUCAGCAAGAAAGGAAUAUGUUCAAAUCCUUGCAGAAUGCCAUAGACUAUACUGUGAACAACGGCUUGCUCUUGUCAAAGGCAUAGUUCACCAACGAGUAUCUGAUUUUUCCAAGAAAGAAGCGCUGCCAUCUUUGACUAGAUCUGGUUGUGCAUAUCUGAUGCAGGUUUGUCAAAUGGAGUAUCAACUGUUUACUCAUUUCUUUCCAGCAUCAUCGGAAGAAGUUUCGAGUCUGGCACCUUUAGUGGAUCCUUUGUCUACGUACUUAUAUGACAUCUUACGCCCCAAGCUGAUUCAUGAGGCAAAUAUUGACCUUCUAUGUGAGCUUGUUCAUAUCCUUAAAGUCGAAGUCUUGGGAGAGCAUUCCGCUAGACAGAGUGAACCCCUGGCUGGACUGCGGCCUACAUUACAAAGAAUUUUAGCCGAUGUUAACGAGAGAUUGACUUUUCGUGCCAGAACAUAUAUUCGAGAUGAGAUUGCAAAUUAUAUUCCUUCUUAUGAAGAUCUGGAUUACCCUGGAAAGCUGGAGGGAUCUGCUAAUACGCCAUCUGAUACCAAUCUGGGGGAUGAUGAAAACGCUGAUGUAUUUAAGACUUGGUAUCCACCUCUGGAGAAAACUCUCUCUUGUCUAUCUAAAUUAUAUCGUUGCUUGGAGCCUGCAGUUUUCACCGGCUUAGCACAGGCAAGACUGCUCUAUCAUUACGAAGCCCACCUUAUUUUGUCAAAUAUGCAACAGAAAGCCAGCAAGCUUAUUAUUAAGCGAUCAACUACAAUGGAUGGCCAGCUGUUCCUUAUCAAGCAUCUUCUUAUUUUGAGGGAACAGAUUGCGCCUUUUGACAUAGAAUUUUCAGUCACCCACAAAGAGCUUGAUUUCUCCCAUUUACUGGAACAUCUGAGGAGGAUACUUAGAGGUCAAGCGUCACUUUUUGAUUGGUCUAGGUCAACCUCUCUAGCAAGGACCCUUUCACCUCGAGUUCUGGAGAGCCAAAUCGAUGCCAAGAAGGAGCUAGAAAAAUGUCUUAAGACUACUUGUGAGGAGUUCAUCAUGUCAGUCACUAAGCUAGUUGUGGAUCCUAUGCUUUCAUUCAUAACCAAGGUGACAGCCAUAAAAGUUUCUCUUUCAACUGGAACUCAGAAUCAAAAGGUUGACUCUGUCAUGGCUAAGCCGCUAAAGGAACAAGGUUUCGCUACUCCAGAUAAGGUGGCUGAACUUGUUCAAAAGGUAUAUGCUGCAAUACAGCAAGAGCUACUUCCGAUUUUGGCAAAAAUGAAACUCUAUCUGCAGAAUUCAUCAACAAGGACCAUACUUUUCAAACCAAUCAAGACGAACAUUGUGGAAGCUCAUACACAAGUGGAGUCAUUGCUCAAAGCCGAGUACUCAGCGGAAGAACAAGCCAAUGUCAAUAUGAUAUCCAUUCAGGAUCUGCAAACCCAACUCGACAACUUGCUUUAAGGUCUUGCAGGCCCGUUCCUCAGUUGGAGAAAAUGAAAGCCAUUCUUUAACAAACAUUGGGCAUCUUUUUGUUAGUUACUAUUUUUAAUUAAGGCAUUUUUGUUAACUAUAUUACUUUAAUCUAAAUAAUAAAAGAUGUUGACAUGCAUAUAUUUAAAUAAGCCAUGUAUUUCAUCUAAGCUCAGUAUGGGCUUAGAUGAAAGAAUUAUAGAAGUUUUUUUUUUUUUUUUAUAAUUAUAGAAGUUUGAUUGUUAUGCUUUUGAGGUUACAUGAUAACG